CAGAGGAGAAAUAAAACAUAUAACAAAUACAAGGGUAAAAAAUACUAAAAUAAAAGCAUUGAAAAUAUGUGGGAUGGUAAAAUAAAAAUAAGCAAACCAAAAAACAAAUGAAUCGAUAAGUGACUUAAUUGAUAGUAGGGGGUAAUUGUACAAAAAUUUGAAAACUCUACUUCAAAAGUUCUGUGAGUUAUAGGCGCUGAAGCUAAAAGAUAUCACAACCAUUCCAAUAUCUGGAGUAAUAAUAAUAAUAAUAAUAAUGAUAACAAUGAUAACAAUAGUGGGAUAAAAAUAAACAAAACAAUGAAUAUAAGAAACAAAAAGUAAAUAAGGUUAUUAAUGACUUAACUGAUAGCGGGGGAGACCGGGGAUGGCUGUUACAUGCUAUGCACUUCACCAAACGGGGUAACAUCAGAGUCCCAUCAUCAUUUCACAGUUUCUGAAUCUUUUGGCUAUUUGUUACUACUAACCCCAGCACGGGUUCGAGGGGUUGGUUGCACCAGAGAAGCUCCCUGUUUUUGACACGUGCUUUAAAAAGUUUCCAAAACUCUUACAGAUGAUUUAAUUAUUUCCUUUUGUAGCAAACAAAUGUAGGUAAUUUGUACAAAAAUUUGAAAACUCUACCUAAAAAGUUCUGUGAGUUAUAGGAGCUGAAGCUUAAAGAUGUCACAACCAUCCCCGGUCUCCCCUAUUAUGUAAACGUGUGUUUUACAAUAAUCUGUAAUAAUCCCUGAUUAUCACAAAGAGGCUGUCAACUUUAAUCUACAACUGUUUUUCUUUUUAUUUGACUACACCCGGAUAAAGACAGAGGCACGUGCUCAAACAGGAACGAGCGGCAGGUGUCAGCAGAACACACCCAGAUUCCUCCGCGCGCACAGGUAUGCGGAGAGUGUGUGAGUGUGUGUGUGUGUGUGUGUGUGUGUGUGUGUGUUUACAGCUUCACUAUUACGGCUCGAGUCCUCUUGGUGACGCUCUGCUGACAUCACUCUGAUAUUCCCCACUCAGCUCUCCGCAUCGCGCGCACACACUGCACCGACUCUCUCUCUCUCUCUCUCUCUCUCUCUCUGUGUCUCUCACACACUCACACACUCCUCCGUCCGUCCUCCCGUCCGUCCACACACACACUUUUUCGCGCACUCACAAGGACGCACGAGCAGCCGCGGGCUACCUGUGCCAGUGCGGCCGGCCCACUCGGGGAGGGGUUUCACUCUUUUCCUGUCAUUAACCCACAGAGAGGAGCGAACACGGUCCAGGUUUUACACGGACAUACACUCUCGCACACACACACACACACACGCACACACACUCACAGACCGUAGAGGGAACAGAAGCAGUAAGUUGGGUGGUUUAACGCGCGCGGGUCUGAACUGAUCUCGAAGUUUCUGAUCGGUGAAGGAAUACUUUGGAGCCCGGUGUCCCCCCCACGCAGCGCGGUUGUGGAUAUUGGCGAUAUGGCGAGAGAUUACGGAGCCCGCUGUCCGCUCUCUCUACUGGGGAAGACUUGGCUGGUGGUGUCGGCGAUCCUCCUCGCAGCUCAAGGUAAGACGAAACCGACCGGAGCGGUGUCUCCACGCUCACCAAACCCCGUUCACAUUCCCGGCACUUCCACCCUCCGCGCUCCCGGAGUGAGUGCGGCCGGACCUGAGCACUCCCAGCCGCGCCUCCUUCGCCCUGGGAGUGCUGCAGGUUCCUCCGGCUCUACCUCCUCCUGUCCGAGCUGUGUUAAAAGUUUAUUGUCGGUGUUGACUGCUUUAUAUGUGCGUUUGUGUACGCCAUGAUUACGCGAGGUGUGGCUCCCCCCCUCAUUUGUGCUUUUUUGUCCUAAUUCCACGCAGCUUCAGACGGCAGGUGACUGUUCAGGAAAUCUAAUCCUCCCUGAGCCGCUACAAACCCUUCAUCCCACUCGGCUGACCUGUAAUCUGUGUUUACCUGGCGUAGGGGGAAAUAGGGCGCAUUGUCAGAGAGCGCAGGUGUGAUUCCUGACAUAAGAGGAAUGGGAGAAAUUGGUGCUUGGUCUGCAGAGGAACAGUGGAGCUGAAAUGGGAGCAAGGUCUCUCAUAAGGAAGAGGGCAUUUGUCAGCCCUGUGCUCUUCAGGUGGCCCUUUACACCGAGAGUGGAGAGCUCUUAAUGAAUAACCACUACAGGCUGAGAUCCACACUAUAGAGGGGGAAUCUCAGCGUUUCACCUCUGUUUCUACAUUAUUCAUGAUCACUGUGGAAAACAGACAUAAGGAGAUGGAGGCUUACGGACUCCUGAUUGAUAUGGUAUUGAUAUUCAGAUUGGCUGUUUGAAACAACAGUGGUUUACAGUUGGAUUCUGCUUAUGUGCUAAUAUGAUUCGGAGGUACGAGUGGCUCUCCACAUUCAAGCAGUAUUAAAUAAUCCUGCUGGCUUGAAGCUACGAAUUGAUUAUUUAUAAGGUGUUGUUCAUUUUAAAGGGGUAUUCCGGCGUAAAAUUAUGUUAGAGUCAAACACAGUAACACCGAGUUAGACACCACCUCAAGAGAUGAAUGUUGACGACGGCUUGCUUCUCUAGUUUUACCAAUUUUAGUAACGACCACAGAUAGCGAUACAAAGAGCCACGUGCUCAACCAAAACGCCACUCUAUAGCCACAAAUAAUGCUCAGAACAGCACCUAACUUCAUCAACAGGACAUAUAGGGUCACAGCCAGAGUACUAGACACCAAACAUCUUUUUAACUUUGCCUGAUUUCUUUAGCAAAGAGACUAAACACAACUCACCUACUCUCUUCCAACAAGCCGUUUGUUUGUAGCAAGACCUCAGGCCAGUCCAUUAUGGACUACAGCGGAGUUUCACAGCUCAAGGAAGAACAUUUAUGAUCAUUUCUUCAUGGAAAUGCGAUCAGACCGAGACGCUAAGGCAGAAGAACUACAUGAUUAAUAUGAUGAUUUUUGGUGAUGAUGUUUGGUGGCGUGUACAAUGGCUGGGACCCUAUAUGUCCUGUUGAUGAAGUUAGGUGCUGUUCUGAGCAUUAUUUGUGGCUGUAGAGUGGCGUUUUGGUUGAGCGCAUGGCUCUCUGUUUUGCUAUCUGUGGUUGUUACUGAAGUUAACUAGAGAAACAAGCGCUCGGCAACAACCUAACCUAAUUUUACACCGGAAUAUCCCUUUAAGCAGCAUUAUAGUAAUCAUGCUGGCUUAAAGCUACAAAUCAAUUAUUUAUUAGGUGUUGUAAAUUUUAAAUGUUGUGUUCUUUAAAUCAUCAGUAAGUCUUUAAGUUUGUGUCUGACAUUAUAGUCUCAGAGUGUGGUGUAUGUUUGGACAUCCUCUGAAUCCGCCUCUACAGAGUGUCUAAUGAUACUGUUCUGUGAUUCAAGGGGGGCUUUGGCCACCCAUAGUCCCCCCUUGGAUCCAGCCCUGGUGAAAAAAAAAACACAGAAGUGACCAAAUUGUAAAUAUUUGUUGAGUCAUUAUGAAACAGUUUAAACUCAUGACUCUUCACUCAUUUUUAUCAGCCUGAAGUUUUUCUUUCAUUUCCUUUAAACUCUGCUGCAGAGAUUUGCUUUCAGCCGACGUUGAUAGUUUCCUCCUCUGAUAUCAGCAUGAUUCAUGUUCUGUCUGCACAAUGAGAAAAAGAAAGGGGAAUUUAAAGGGAUAUUAACCAAUUUUUUGCUGGUUUACUUAUUUUAAAUGUAGAUCGAUAAUCAGAGAUGUGCAGCAAGCCAGUGUCAGCUGAUCUUGUAACUUUUGCUAGUGCAUAGUAGGGCUGGGCGAUAAACUGAGAAUUUACAGAUACAGAAAUUUACGACAAUAUCUGACGCCAUCAAUCAAUCAAUCAAUCAAUCAACUGUAAAAAGGAGGGAAUGUGGGAGGGGGUGAGCAGCUUGCGGAGUAGUUAUUGUCCAUUUAUCAUUAUCGAGGUGAACAUCUCGAUUUAUCGUGAUAUUGGUUUGAGGCCAUAUCGCCCAGCCCUAGACAUACUAAAAAAUGCUUUUAUAGGAGAUGAAAAGAACCUCUUUUAAUGUCAGUUUGGGGAUUUUAACUCUAUCCUGGUUGGAGUUUUUUGCACUGGAAAUGGCGUCACCUUUCGGCAGCAAUCUUGAGGCUGGAGACAGAAGUACUCACUUCUAACAGGUUGUAUGUGUUUGUGUGCGUGUACAAUUGCCGGCGUGCACUCCCGUCUGUGUAAGAUACAGUGUGUACAUUAACGGUUAAAGAGAGUGCAGAGGCAGAGGAGGUGUGAGCAGGAAAUUUUAAGGCGAGUUGAAAGAUGAAGUCAAACAAACAUCCUGCGUCAAAUAUCUGAUGAGACAGAGGUCACGGUCAGGAAUCUGCACUAUCAUGUUUAUACCGCUCUUUAAGUCCAAGGAUAAACAGCAUAAAUAUCUCCGGCCUGAUGAGUCUCAUACUCUGUAAGCUGAUGCGUUUCCGUCCCCUAAUAUCGACUCACGCUGUCAUCCCGCUGAUAUCAGUCGAGCUGGGGGACGUGAAGUUCCUGCAAAGUGAUGCAAGCUCGAUGCAACAGACUGUAGUCGAAGUUUUGAGGUAAAAACACUUAUAAAUGUCUGGCAGGUUAUUUGUUUUUAUUUGUUUUUUUUGUGAAACUUGGAAAGUCACUCCCACACACUAUCCCUCCUGCAGCACAGAAAGUUUAAUGUUGACGCUGUUUGGAUUCUGAUACAAAGAGUUUUAAAGGUUUCUGAUGACUAAUACUGAUGCAUUAUAAAAACACAAUAAUAACCUCACUCUGAACUCGCUAAUGCAGUCUCUUGGAUGGAGUAUUGAGCAAAUAUUACACCGUAAACAAGAAGAGAUACCAAUAAACUCGCUUGUGAUUUCCAUAGCAACGCUCCAUGUCCCCAUGAGAGCAUUACAGUGAUGGAUAUGGAGAUAAGCACAAACUGUGAAUGUCUCUAAAAUGCACCGCUGAGUAACGCAGACGUGUUCGAACUCCCAGCAGAAAAUACUUUCCGAUGUUUUUUUCCCCCAACUGGGACCGGAUACAAACUCAGACCAGCAGGCUGUUGAGCUCCACUGAUCGUCUGACGAACCCUCAAAGCUGCUCCGUCAGCGUGAAUCUGUCAACCUGUUGUUUUCACCUCAAAAUCGUCACCAGGGAAAAGGCUCCAGGGUUCGAGGGCGAGCUUUUCCAAGGCUGCAGAGGAUGUUCUCUGAGCAUCUGCUGCAUGAUAGACGACGAGAACGUCAGGUGUGAUUGUGAGGCAGGAGGACGAUUUUCUCCUCAAUUGAAAUUUUCCUUUUGUUAUGACACUCUUUCUUCCCUGCAUAGUUGUAAGUCACGGGAAGAGGAGAACCCGGGUGUAGUGGCGCCGCGGUGCAGCGCAGGUUGGUGCGAGGAUGACAGGUACUCAGCCGGGACUCUGCUGCAACAGGCCUGUAUUGUUAAAAAGCUGUCAGGCUGUCUUGACAGUUUCCCCACAGGUUAUGAAUUAAUUCCAACGUGCAACAACACAAUCGUCUUUUCGGAGGAGGGAAAACUUUCACACUCAGAUUUC